GUUCGCAUUCGAGCUACUUACUCAACGCUGCUGAUUUUAAACAGCUGUCAAAAUCUAAAACCAUAGCAAACUAACCUCAAAUAUCCCGAGUCCGACGUGGCGCAUGGGGAGAGACACAGCCAAUGAUCAACGCAUGGUUAGGUUUCCUUGGCAAGUGACCAACUUGAUCUUGAUUCUUGAUCGACUCCCAUGAUGUGAACGCCCAUUUUAGAAUUUCACCACCCAGGGCGUCUACUCGUACCAAAGGUACUCAGAGUCCAGCUAGGAAAAGGGAAACAUCAAGUACGUUCGUCUUUUGAUUGACAGGCAAAUCGGGAGCGGCGAGCGACGCGCAAAUAAGAUAUUCCCGGUGCAUCUCGAGUAGAUGCUAGAUACACCUAGGAGUGUGCAUAGCUAUAGCAUUGAACAUUCACCAUCGUACAUCAUAUUUCUUCCCAAUUCAGCUUGGAACGCUACUGGCAGCAACCAGCGGCACUGGAUAGUCACACCGUAUGUUUCACUCGACACAUACGAGCCACACCGCCACCUUAGUAGGUCAGUCGCGAAACAGUUCAAUACCCUACUCGAAUCAGUCCAUGACGGGCAGGAUGUUUAGCAAAUCUGACUCGGAGUUUGAUCAGAACAACGACGAGAACAUUCGAGGUCAAUUUUGGACGAUUUACGAACGGGAGGCUGGGUAUCAUGUCGAAGAGUUCCUUGAAAAACAUAGGAGUGACAUGGACAUCGUUCUUAUAUUUUCAGGUCUCUUUUCUGCAGUCAGCACCACUUUCAUCCCUGUCCUCCCACAAUGGAAUGGACCGGGGACGACUGAGAUUUGGAUACAGUGCCUCAUGUACGCCAGUCUCAGUGCCAGUCUCCUUGCUGCCCUGGGUGCCGUACUGGGGAAGCAGUGGUUGGGUCACUUCAUCCGCUGCGGACGUGGGCCGAUCGAUGUCCGCAGUCGUCUGAGGCAACAGAAGAUGGAUGGUCUCCAGACGUGGUACUUUAGUGCUGUCUUGGAGUCGCUUCCGCUGUUAAUCCAGGCAUCUCUACUUCUAUUUGGAAUUGCUCUAGGUGCUAGCAUUUGGACGCAGCAGCCGACCAUUGCAACUCCAGUGAUAUUGACGAUCGCGUUUGGAGCGCUGUUUUACGGCGCCAUAAUCGUAUCUUGCGUCGUUUCUCCAACUUGCCCAUUCCAGUCCCCUGCAUCGACGAUCCUCCUGUUUGUCUUACAAAGUAUCAGUCGUUCAAUGCGAAGAUUACACAACAUGCUGGUCCACCGGUCCCCAUCGCUCCUCUUUGGAAUAGCCUCUGCGUUCAGGCUGCGUACUGAUAUUCGUAGGGGUGACGAUGAUGGCGACUCUGAGUUGUCGCACAAAGUUGACGCUCUUCAAGACGCGUCUGCGGUUCGCUGGAUCAUGGAGACAGCUACGGAUCCUGAUGUCAUUACCUCAGCUGCGCUAAUGGUUCCUGAGGUUGAAUGGCCCAAAUAUAUUGACAUCUCCCUUGCGAUCAUGCAACUACGAGAUACCUUUCUAGGUUGCUUCGAAAGCACUCAGGGCAGGCACCCCAAGCUUGGUCGUCAUUCAAAGAGGCGCGCAUAUGCCUAUGUACUCUACAGAGAUCAACUCGAACAUAUCCUCUUGCGAGUUCUGCAGGGCUUGCAGGAUCGGGAUCUACGGGCUACGCUGGAACAGGGUAUAUCAGCAUCCUCAAAUGACCCAGAGAGUGGUUUCGAAGAUGUUGAUAUCACGAUGCUUUUCCGCCCUCUCUCGGUUCUCAUCGAAGUCGUCGAGUAUCGCCAGAUAUUCCGCGACAAUAAUUUACCUCUUUGGGCCCUGCAACUUUGCAGACGUAUGGUGCAGAGAGCCAAUAUCAAAUCUCCCUUGAACCCAAUUGUCGCGGAUCAACAGUACCAGUGUCUCAGCAGCGCCAGAGCCGCACUUCACCUCAGCAUCGUUGCUGACGCGGAUCUCAAGUAUAGGGCUGGUGAUUGCCGCGCACUGUGGAAUUGCCUCAAAGCGGGCGUUGGUCAUGGAAAACGCCGCAAGGAAGACUUCACAUGGUUGCUUGACUUCAUCGUUCACCAUCGUGGUACCAAGGACCACCUUGCAUUGGGCGAUGCCCUCCAAGCCAUGAGCAAGGUGGGCGAGGUGGAAUGGCCUGAAAAUUUGAUGCAGACGUACUACUCGAGCAUCUAUUUGGCCAUGGGUCCAGAUAUGCCUGCCCGAACACGUCACUCUGGAAUGGCGGCGCUUCAUGCGGUGAAGAAAAAAGUGGCUUCGGGUGGUCUGACGUCAAGCAUGAUGACCUGUCUCUCGCUUGCGUUGUCUUCUACUGCUGCUCUCGACAUUGGUCCUCCCGUGGACGAGGAGUCUUCUCCUUCGUUGCCACUCUCUGAUAGUGCGCAAUCAUUUGAGCGCGACCUGUGUUAUCUCCACAUCAUAUUUGCGCUCCAACAGGCGCGCAAAUGGCACGAGUAUCUAGUGAACGACGGGCACCUCAAGCGAUGCGCUGCGAUCGCCGUCACUCUUGCACAUGAGAGUCGCAGUGGGCAUACGCGGGUGCUACCUCACUCGAAAGCAGGACAUCUCGCCCUUUAUCUUGCGGCUAUCCUCGCAGGUGAACACCACGAUAUUGCCUUUGGCACAGAUGCGACUAGCGUUUCCAAGUCGAUAGACACAGAUGAGGUGUGUUGGAUGCUCUUGCGUAAGGCUUGGGCGUAUGCGUCCUCGCAACGGCUGGACGAGGGCCUCCAACAUGUUAUCCGCAUACUCGUACAGCACACCCUGCGACAUAUGAAGGGAGGACAACAGACCGUGUCGCGCCCCAUGGAGGCGGCGGUAUCGAAUGCACUGGGUGCACUGCGGUCGGCACCGAGUGUCAAUGCGGAUGGUGAUCAGGUUAAUGAAUUGGCGGAGCUGUUGGGAUUGGUGCAGAAGGUGGAGAGUACGAAACUUCACAUCGCGAGCUGAUUCUAUCACACUGAUGAUUCCAAUGCCUCCGUGUAUAAGUAUAUGCACCAUCAUCUUGGUACUAGU